AUGGUGUACCUCAAAAAUAUUGUGGAUGGUUGUGCGGCUCGAAUAGCUGCCAAGCUUGAAAUGGUGACAUCUGCUUUUAGUGUUAAAGACAGAAUUGGAUAUAGUAUGAUCAGAGAUGCAGAAGACAAGGGCUUGAUUACACCAGGAAAGACAAUCCUCAUCGAAGCUACUGGUGGUUAUACUAGCAUUGGAAUAGCAGCAGUUGCUGCAAGAAAGGGUUACAAAGCUACAAUAGUAAUGCCUACUUCAAUGACUCUUGAAAAAAAAAUUGUGUUGAGAGCUCUUGGAGCUGAGAUUCAUUAUGAAACCACUGGUCCAGAAAUAUGGAGAGACUCUGAAGGAAAAGUUGAUGCCUUAGUUGCAGGAGUUGGGACUGGUGGUACCAUAGGUGGAGCUGGAAGAUUUCUUAAGGAGAAAAACCCAAAGAUGUAUUUUGUCCGUUUUGUUUAUGGUGUUGAGCCAUCUGAGAAUGCAAUGAUAAGUGGAGUAACACGCGGCCCACAUCUGAUCGUUGGAAUUGGCUCUGAUAUCGUCGCUAGUGUUAUGGAUAUUGAUAUCAUGGAUGAAGUUGUUCAAAUAUCAAGUGAGGAAGCUAUUGAAACUGCUAAGCUGCUUGCUUCAAAGGAAGGUCUGCUGGUUGGAAUAUCUUCUGGUGCUGCAGCUGCUGCUGCAAUAAAAUUGGCAAAGAGACCGGAAAAUGCUGGGAAACUCUUUGCUGUAAUAUUUCCCAGUUCAGUAGAACGUUAUCUGUCUUCCAAGCUUUUUGAUUCCAUCAGGCAUGAAAUGGAAAACAUGACAUUUGAUAAUUGAUUAUGGGAUUAUAAAAGAAAUAUCGCUCCAAAUUGCCUUUUUCUUAUUAUUCUGCUUGCUUGUUGGUUUGUUAUUUUAUAAUAAGAAAAAGUCAAAAUUUAUUAUUUGGCUUCUUCAGAAAAUUAUGAGAGAAUAUGAGGGGUAUGGUGCUUGUAACUAGCCUUUUUUCUUCUUUGUGGAAAAGUCUAAACAAAACAAGAAGGAACAAUAACAGAAAAAUAUCUUGUUCUACAAUAUUCUUACAUCUAUCAAAACAAAAACCAAUUGCUAUUUAAAAAAAAAAAAGGAAAGAAAAGAAAAACAAAAAGAAAAGGAGAGGAUGAGCCUAAACAUGGCGAUCCCCAUUAUUUCCUACGAAGAAGUCCAUGCAUAAAUGCUGCCAUUACACUUUGGUUUCGUUGGUGUCUCU